CCCCCCACGCAGCCGGGCCGGGACCCGCGGGGAGAGACCGACCGAGCCGGGCCGGACAGCGACCGGGACAGUCACCGCGCGGCGCUGGGGAGGAGUUGUUCAGGCACAAGCUCCGUCUGUGACCCCCCGUUCUCCUUCGGUCUCUCUUCCCUGCUGGAUUGUUUUGGGGUCCCCCCAGCCCAGGGCAGCUGGCCAGGUGCCCCCCCUUCACGCUCGACACCCCCAGCCCUGACCAUGACCCUGUUGGCCUCCGAGCGCUCCAUGCUGAUCCGGAGCAAGUUCCGAUCCGUGCUGCAGCUGAGGAUGCAGCAUCGCAGAUCCCAGGAGCAGCAUCUCGUGACACCUCUGACCAAGCCCCCCGCAACCUACCUGGAGGUGAACGGGACCCCAGAGCAGAGCCGGGCUGACGAGACCCUGAAAGUGAAGGUCCAGACGAGAACCCACAAAGUGGGAGCUGCCAAGGGCCAGUUCACAGAAGAGUCUGGGGGGGACCCCACAGAGCGGAAGGAGAAGAAGACGCGUCUGGCUGAGGAUCUGAAGGAGAAACUCCUGCAACGGCCGGGGCCACUGGAACUCGUGACGAAAAACAUCCUUUCCCUGGACGCCAGCCUCAAAGAUGCUGUGAAAGCUGAUCCAGCCCCUGCUGCCCCUGGGACCUUCCUAUUAGAGGAGGAUCUCAGCAGUUCUUCAUCGUCAUCAUCGUCCUCCUCUACUUCCCCGCGCUUCACCCACUGCCUGGGGGCCCCCCCCGGCAACCCAUCCCCCCCCUCGGCGUCAGGGGCUGCUGUCCAGCCAGAGCUGCUGUCGAUCCUGGAGUCCCAGCCUCCCUCAGCGCUUGCCCCGGACCCCGAAUCCCAACCUCCUGGGGGCGGUCCCCCGGCUAAGCCCCCGGCCUUGCUGCCCAAGGGCCCCCCACGCCCCAAGAAGGCGAAGGAUCCCAAGCCCAAGGUGAGGAAGCUGAAGUACCAUCAGUACGUGCCCCCUGCGGCCCGGCCCCCCCGGGCCCCGGCCCCCCUGGACGCCGCCUACGCCCGCCUGCUCCAGCAGCAGCAGCUCUUCCUCCAGCUCCAGAUCCUGCAGCAGCAGCAGCCGCCGGCCCCCCCGGGGUCCCCCGCAGCGCUGUGUGUGCCGGCCCUGCACCCCCUGAGCGCCAGUAUUUCCCCAGAUCCAGUGAUCAGCUUCGCGGCCCCCGCAAUUACCCUGGCAGUCCCCCCCACGCCUCCCACCCCUCCUGUGCCCCCCAAGCCUGAGCUGCUGCCCGCCAACCUGGAUGACCUGACAGUGUCAGAGCUCCGCCAGCAGCUGCGCCAGCGCGGGCUGCCAGUGUCGGGCACCAAGCCAGCCCUGCUGGAGCGGCUGAAGCCCUUCCAGGUGCGGGGGGCCCCGGGGCCGCCCCCCCCCGCCUUGCCCCCCGCCGACCGGGCGCUGCGGGAGAAGCAGCAGCUCAUCGACAGCCUCACCUGGGAGCUGCAGCGGGAGCAGCGGGAGGCCGACGACCUGCGGGAGGAGCUGCAGCUGCACAAGUGCCGGCGCGGCCGCCCGGAGGGGGAGCCCCUGCCCCCCUCACCCCCGGCCAGCCACGGCCCCCAGACCCCCGCCGGGGAGACACCCGAGGGCACAGUGCCCGGGAGACAGGGGUUCCUGGUUUUUUGCCCCCCUUCCUGUGAGCCAAUCGGGGAGGACCUAGAACUGCCCCUGCAGAUCACGGCCAGCCCCACCCCAGGCCCCCGCUCCCUGGAGGAGGAGCUGCAGGAGGCCAUCCAGAAAGCCCAGCUGGUCCCAAGUCAGUCAAUCGAAGACAUCCUGGAGGAGCCACUGGCGUGUGCAGGUGAUCUGCUCCCCACGGAUGCCCCCUUGCUGCUCCCCACAGAGCCACGCCGGCCCCCCUCGCCUCUCAGCCAGCAGGGGGCGCCCUGCAAGAAGCCCCGUCACACCCCGCCGGCAGCAGCCAUCUUGGAUUUCCCCGGCCACUAUGACUUCCUCACCCCUCCCUCCUCCUCUUCCUCGUCCCCCUCGGACUCCCUGCGUGGGGUCUUCUCCCCGGAGCCCCUGGAGGGGCCCCCGUCGCCCAGCCCCCGGCCCGCCUUCGACCCUGUCGAUUGGCUGGAGGCCUUGACAGCUGGCCCAGCUUCGGGGCUGGGGCCCGGCACCCCCGGCAGCAGCAGCAUCUUCUCCACUGACUUCUUUGACUCGCCUGAACUGAGCGUCAACCACAUGAUUGACCUGAUGGUGGAGCAGUGGUAGAGGGUGCGGGCCCCCCAGGCCCGGCCACGGGGAGUCCCCCACCGCCACCCCAGAGACGCCAACAAAUCACACCAAUGCAGGUGCCAUUUUGGAUGGGUGACGUCAACUCCAGGCGCCAUCUUGGAUGGGAGGAACCAUAGUUUGUAGUGAUGCCAAAACUGGGCGCCAUCGUGGAUGGUGGAACCAUUGUUCAGGGUGACAUCAACUCCAGGCGCCAUCUUGGAUGGGUGAUGUUAACUCCAUCUUGAAUGAGUAGAAGCAUUAUUCUCGGUGACGUCAACUCACGGCACCAUCUUGGAUGGGUGGAACCCUUGUUUGGCGUGACCUCAAUUGCAGGUGCCAUCUUGGAUAUUUGGAACCAUUACUCAGGUUGCCAUCAACUCCGGGUGCCAUCUUGGAUAGGUGAAACCAUUGUUUGCAGUGAUAUCAAUUCCAGAUGCCAUCUUGGAUGGGUGAAACCAUUGUUUGGAGUUGACAUCAGCUCGGGAUGCCACCAUUGAUCGGUGAAGCCAACUGGAUGCUAUGUUGGGUGGAUGAAACCAUUGCUUGGGGGUGAUGCCAACUCCAGACACCAUCUUGGAUGGGUGUAGCCAUUUUACUGGGUGAUGUCAACACUGGAUGCCAUCUUGGAUGGAUUAAACCAUUGCUGUUUUGGUUGUCAGCCCCAAAGGGCAUCUUGGAAGGAUCAAACUGUUGGUGUUCAGAGUGAUACGGCGGGUGGCUGCCAUCUUAUAUAAAUCAUACCAUAAGUGUUCAGGGUCACAUCAGCUCUUGAAUGGGUUAAGCCAUUGUUUGGGGGUGAUGCCAGCUUCCACCACCAUCUUAAAUGGAUCAGACCACUGAUGUUUGAGUCACGUUAGCUCUAGGUGCCAUCUUGGAUUGGUCCAGUCAUUGGUGCUUGGGGUGAUGCCAAGUCCAAAUGCCCUCUUUAUUUGGGCCGUACCUUUAAUUGAACCUAAGUGUUUCAUUGGCAGGCGGAAGGCAACUCCACCUGUGGGAUGUCAUCUUGUUUGGGACAUAUCACCUUUGACUCCAGUGUCUUAUUGACCAGAGGGGAGGAUGUGGAAACCAUCUUAGUUUGGAUUGUGCCAUCUCUGUACCUAGCUGGGUUGGGAGAAGCCCACUCUAGAUGCCAUCUUGGAUGGAUCAUAUCAUUUGGUUUUUUACCUCAUGUUUUACUGGCAGAGGGGGGUGGGGAAAUAGCAACUGUACCAUUUGCUGAGCCUAGUGUUCUAUUGGGGACUGCCUCACUCCCCCCCACACCCAGGCUGCCCCCCAGCUCCUGGCCCCCUCCCUUUUACACCCAGUCCCCCCCCACCCUGCUCAUCACUGUGCCCUGCCUGAUAAUUAAGGGGUGGGGAGUCUCUGACCACUGGUGAGGGGGCAGCUCCCUAAGGGGGCUGAGCUAGUCGGGGAGGGAGGAGCUGACAGCGGCCAAAGGCUACUGAGAAAGGUGGACUAACUGGGUGAUAGGGCACUGCUGUGGGGAAGCUCGCAGCCCUUGGAACAGCCCCCUCGGGGCACUGCCAUGGGGAAGCUCACAAUCCCUUCGAGGCACUGUCGUGGGGAAGCUCACAGCAGUGCAGCUCAACUCCUGUUUGCUCCCCAGAGUGGUGGCAGGGGCCGGGAGAGCUCCCACCAUCACUGGGGGGGGGGCAGUGGGGGUUCUGGCCUCCCAUGAGCCCUGAUCUGCUGUGGGUGAGUAGAAAUCCCAACUUAUAUCCAAUCCUCCCCCCCCCCAAUUCACCUGGAACUGCAUAGCCUUGUUCCAACCCCCAACCCCAGCUCCACAGCUCUGAUGGUUCUGCCCACAAAGGUCAGGGAGGCCCCUCCCCCAAGUGCUGGCUGGGGGGGGUCAGUUGAGGGGGGACCCCGGAAGUCAAGCUGCUCCCCCCACACAAUAAAGCCCCUUCCCACUGCA